UUAUCUAAUUUCGAAUUUUUUAAAAAAAACUCAAGAACGGGACAAUCAUAUUUCUAACAGGUUUUCUGCUUCUAACAUGUUUUUCUUUAUCGUCAACUUUGAUUUUGAAAUUGUGGUGCUUUAUUUUUUCUAACGCUGUGGCAUUUUGUCUAUAUUGUUUUCAACCCAAGGCCACAGAUUAAACUCUCAGGAGAACAACAGCAACAAAAUGCUGAAAAACCGGAUGAGUUCCAUCAACUUGAGUUCAGUUUUGUUUAUAAAGAAACACACCAAUUCUUAACAAAAGUCAUGCCAGUGCACUCCACAAAAGAGUAAUCCAAAUCUUUGAAUCCGUUUCAGAUCCAAGAUUCAAAACCAUUGGAAAAAAWUAAGAGCAACGAAGCUGAUCGAGUGAUAUUUUCUUGAUACGAUGUCAGUUUGUGGCACUCAUUUUCCUUUCCUCCCUUUUUCUACACGAACACAGAUUUCUGCCCAAAAAGGGUGUCAAUGCCCUCUGCAUUCCUGAGCACAAAUUUCUCCUCCUCCUCCACCUCGUCAUCAUCAUCCAAACAGCUUCCCAUCUUCUCUGCCCCAAACAUUUAGUUCUCAGAACUAGAUUUACAUCAUUAUGCUGAUAUUGUUUCUUCUAUAACAGCUGUUGCUGGAUUCCAACUAAUUAAGUCAUUCCAUCCUGUUUCCCCUGUAAAUGACCCAGCAUUCAUUUCUUUAGAUGUGUGGAUUCAUCCUUCAAAGCCCAGCUCCAACUGGCUCCAUUCUGCUCAGUGGCUCUAUAGAUUUUCUCCAAAUGAUAAAUUGGACACGGGGAGCCAUUGAGAUGUGACCUUUUGUCUUGGAUGGACCUAAUUACGCCCAGGUUGUUUGGAUAAGCCCUAUAAUAACAUGUUGUGGGGUGGGACGUUAAAACAAUCAGCAAGGGACUAAGAUGACCAUCUCCUUUAACGCCACAAACCUAUUGGCUAAAAUAAAAAAAAUAAAAUAAAUAAAAAAGCAAUCAGAGCUUCAGAGUUGCACGAGUGUUUGGAUGUUGUUCACUCAUUUGACUGAAGAAACGGCGCGGCUCCAUCCCAUCCAUCACCUCCACCCCUCCCCUCGCUGCUCAAAUCCAGAAGCGCUUCGUUUCUAGUCCAGUCUCUCCUUUGGCUCCGCUUUAAGCAGGAAUUUACAGAAAAGCUGCGGGUCUACAGAACCCAGACUUUAGGUCUCAAGCUACCAGGACGUCUCCUGGGUUUUCUUGGCGCUGUGAGAAGGUGGGGAUGAGCCAGCUGGACGGAUUCUAUAAGGGCAGGCUGGAAGACCAUUCAAUCAGGAGAUCACCGCGGAUCCGCAGAGCGCAGAUGAUCGCAACUGGUGUUUGUGGCGUCGCGCUGGUGCUGGUGUUGGUGGUUCUGAUUCCCGUCAUGGUGAACUCCGCCGGAACCCCUGCCCGCUACGAGAUGCUCGGAUCUUGUCAGAUGGUGUGCGACUCCCACGGGACCGCGACGGCGGCCACGGCCAAGGCCACCAGUCCGAUCAAAGACAACCGGCUGGUGCAGUCGCUGCCGACGUUCAUCCAGGGCCCGCAGGGAGAGCCCGGGCGCGUCGGGAGGAUGGGGCCCAGGGGUCCGGUCGGAGAGCCCGGACCACCGGGACCGGCUGGUCCUCCCGGGGAGAGGGGCCCGCCCGGGCUACCGGGCCCACCCGGAUUACCGGGAGCCAACGGGCCAACCGGUGCCAUCAGCGCAGCCACCUACAACACCGUGCCAAAGAUCGCGUUUUACGCAGGGCUGAAGAAACAGCACGAGGGCUACGAGGUGCUGAAGUUUGACGACGUCGUCACCAACCUUGGCAACCACUACGACCCCUCAACCGGAAAAUUCACCUGUUCGAUCCCCGGGAUUUACUUCUUUGUUUACCACGUGCUGAUGCGAGGCGGAGACGGCACGAGCAUGUGGGCUGACCUCUGCAAAAACAACCAGGUGAGAGCCAGCGCCAUCGCCCAGGACGCAGACCAGAACUACGACUACGCAAGCAACAGCGUCGUCCUGCAUCUGGAGCCCGGGGACGAGAUCUACAUCAAGCUGGACGGCGGGAAGGCGCACGGAGGCAACAACAACAAAUACAGCACGUUCUCCGGCUUCAUGCUGUACGCUGACUGAAACACGAGCUGAAAGGAAAGGACAGGAAAGAAAGAAAGAAAAAAAAAA